AUGAGAGAGAAUCUUAAAGACCACAAUCUCACAUUCACAGAGAUUGCUAAGUUGGUAGGAGAAAACUGGCAGAGCCUCCAACCUGCUGAAAAGGACGUUUUUGAGAGCCAGGCCAAUGCCGCGAAAGAGAAAUAUAAUCGAGAAUUGGCGGAAUACAAGAAGACACCGGAAUACCGCAAGUAUUCGCAAUAUCUCCAUGACUUCAAAGAGAGGCAGGCCAAGCAAUAUAAAGGGCAAGAUGGUUCGAAGAGAGCCAAGGUUGAGCCUGCCAGGCUUCGUCAUGGUAGUACGAGCAGCAGUGCAACACCAAACACCACAAAUUCCAGUGCUAGUGGUAGCAACAGCGAGCGGCUUCGGGGUAGUGAACCACCACCAACACGACGAGAAUGUGUAGAUUCCACAACAUCGCUAGCCGAAUCGCCUCAUUCUUCGGCUGCACCAACGCCAAUAUCAGCCCAGAAUUCGUACGACGAUGCUGGACCAUCUCCACGGGCACUGCAGUUUGAUAACGGGAGCCCAACGGAUGCUCAUCAUCCUUCCUGGCAUCAGCCCACGAUGCGUGGGAGAGGUCGGGCUGAUUCAAUGCAUCAACACCUGCCAUCCCUUUCCGACAUGUUAGAUUCUAGACAAAAGGCGAUUGUUCACCCCGUUGCUGACGGGCUCUCGCACCCUAGUCGAGCAGCAAAUAGCUCCACGCGCACGUCUCUUGACAGUGCAUCUCUCCUUUCUGGGGGGCGAACUCCUGCUUUGAGGCAUGAGUCCUCAUCGAAUGGCACCAAUAUAUCAGGCAGUUCGAUGGGGAGUUUUGGUCGACCACCGGGGGAGGGUUCGUUAACGAUUCAUGCUUUGCUCUCAGAUCGCACCUUGGUUGGAUCUUCAGUCCAUGAACAACAACCCAAUCCAAUCCUUAACGGCGCUACUGGUCCCAUGAACACGCAGCAGUCUCUCGUUGGCUUUGCCCAUGGUCCUAGCGGUUAUGGUACAUACUUCUCCCGAAUCCCCAGAAUCGUCAGAUAUGCCAACUAA